AUGCACUGGCAUGGAGUCUACCAAAUCGACAGGCCCUGGAAUGACGGUGUUCCUGGUGUGACACAGUACUCGAUCCAGCCCAGAGACAAUUAUACCUACCAGUUUACAGUCCAGCAGCAGUAUGGAACGUACUUCUACCACGGCCACUUCGGCCCGGCAUUCGCUGACGGGAUGCGCGGUCCCAUCUGGAUCCGCCCAGCGGCGUGGCGGCCACGUCCUUACGGGCUGAUCUCAUCCUCAAAGCACGACAUCGAUGGUAUGAGAGAGGCGGAAAAGAACCCCCACCACGUGGUGAUUAGCGACUGGAACGCCGAGGGCAUGGACAUCUUGCUCGUUAUGUAUCGAGACACUGGCAUUGUGCCCUGGUGCAGCAACUCCAUCAUAUUCAACGACAAGAGUAGGACCUACUGCCACCCUCCUGAGCUCAUCGAGGCGGUCGGUGGUCCCGGCAGAAACUCCCUUGGCUGUAAGAUGCAGCCCAGACAGGAUCUGUAUAGCAAUGAGCAGAUCUGUGAGGAGACCUUCACUCCACUAGAGGUCUUCCAAGCAGCAGACGGCCAGGAAUGGAUAUGGAUCAACUUCAUCCACUCCGGUGCCCACCAUGAGUUGCAAAUCAGCGUUGAUGAGCACGAGUUCUACGUCGUAGCCGCCGACGGGGAAUUCGUGCACCCGCAAAAGGUCCACGCGGCGAACUGCAAUCUUGGAGAGCGCAUCAGUAUUCUGGUUCGUUUGAAUAAGAAGCCCGGCGACUAUGCCGUGCGGCUUACUUCACUUCGCCCCGAGCAAGUCAUCCAAGGUAUCGGCAUCCUGCGAUACGCCAAGAGUCAGUCGACUUCAGAUGCGUCUCCCUCCGGAAUCGACGCUGUUCCAAACACUAAGCCGUGGGUUCAUCUCAACGGCACUCUGGUCGAUGAUUCCCUCGUCGCUAUGGACGAGACUAAGCUUACACCUUACCCUGCACGACCCCCUCCGGCAACAUCAGACAGUACCCUCAAGUUCUUCGUGAACAUGACUGGCACCGGCUCCUGGGCACUCAACAUCGGACCCCACCAGGCCUUCCGUCAACAGCUGCCUCCCCUGCUGUGGGACGAUGACUCCCGUGGAGAGACAACAUACAGUGAGGGCUCGCUGCGUAACGGUUCCGUCGUCGACAUCAUUUUUGAAAAUGGUGCCAACGUCACCACACAGCACCCAUUUCACAAGCACAAUAAUAAAGCCUACAUCAUCGGCACCGGCACAGGCGGGUUCCCCUGGGCAAGCGUUGACGAGGCUAUCCGCUUUGGCGGGCAGGCCGAGAAUUUUAACCUUGUUGAUCCGCCCCUGCGCGAUGGCUGCCGGUUGGGCAACCAGACGGGUGACUGGACGGUCAUCCGGUACGAUAUCGCCUUUCCUGCAGCCUCGAUGCUCCAUUGCCAUAUGAUCCAUCACUUUGGGGCUGGGCAGCAGGUCGUACUCUUGGAAGGCGUCGAAUCCAUGGCUAAAAUUCCUGCCGGGGUUAAAGACAGGGUCCAUGCGGAGUUCAUGCCCCCUUUGAGCUACGGGCCCUUGGACUGA